AUGGAUCCUCUCUGCUGCUUCCUCCUCCAGAAGAAGAAAAGGAAAGAGGCCGUGCCAGGAGCUGGGCUGCCGCCACCCCAAGCUCCCGCCUUGCCCUCUGAGGCCAGGGCUCCUCACGGCAUCUCCCUGACUGCUGCCAGAAGGAGCAAAGCCAAGGCCAAAGGAAAGGAGGUGAAGAAGCAGAACCGCAGCAAGGGGGGCGCUGUGAGCAAGCUGAUGGAGAGCAUGGCAGCCGAGGAGGACUUUGAACCCAACCAAGACUCGAGCUUCUCUGAGGACGAGCACCUGCCGCGUGGCGGGGCUGUGGAGCGGCUGCUGACCCUGGACAUCUGGGGCCAGGCCGGGGAGGGGGCUGGGAGGAGAGGGGCUGGCCACGGCACCCUGUGCGUGCCCACUGGUACACACAGGUCUGCACGGGCUGGGCACGUGCAGACCGUGCACUCGCCAGACAUAUACCGCGUGGUGGUGGAGGGUGAGCGUGGGAACCGGCCCCACAUCUACUGUCUGGAGCAGUUGCUGCAGGAGGUAAUCAUCGAUGUGAGGCCAGCUGCCACUCGCUUCUUGCCACAAGGGACCAGGAUUGCAGCCUACUGGAGCCAGCAUGUGCGGUGCACCUCCCCUCCUCCCACAGGGUUACUGGACCUGGAGGAGGAUGGGGACUUGACCACCGUGGAGUUUGACAACGGAGACACGGGCAGGAUCCCCCUCUCACAUAUCCGCCUCCUGCCCCCUGACUAUAAGAUCCAAUGUGCUGAGCCAUCCCCGGCCCUCCUGGUGCCAAGUGCCAAGCGCCGCAGCCGGAAGACCAGCAAAGACACUGGGGAGGGCAAAGAUGGUGGCACGGCUGGGUCGGAGGAGCCAGGAGCCAAGGCCCGUGGGAGUGGGUGGAAACCCAGUGCCAAGGCCAGGGGUGACAGAGCUGCUACCCUGGAGGAAGGGAACCCAACAGACGAAGUCCCCAGUACCCCCCUAGCCCUGGAGCCGAGCAGCACCCCAGGUUCCAAGAAGAGCCCCCCAGAGCCUGUGGACAAGCGAGCCAAGGCCCCCAAGGUGCGCCGGGCACUGCCGCAGCCCAGUCCCGCACCACCCGCCUUCACCAGCUGCCCAGCACCCGAGCCAUUUGUGGAGCUGCCAGCUCCUGCCACCACCCUGGCCCCAGCACCCCUCAUCACCAUGCCUGCCACACGCCCCAAGCCCAAGAAGGCACGGGCAGCCGAGGAGUCGGGUGCCAAGGGCCCUCGGAGGCCGGGGGAGGAGGCCGAGCUGCUUGUCAAACUGGAUCACGAGUGUGUCAUGUCACCCAAAAGCAAGAAGGCUAAAGAGGCCCUGCUGCUCCGGGAGGAUCCGGGGGCGGGGGGCUGGCAGGAGCCCAAGAGCCUCCUGAGCCUGGGCAGCUAUCGCCCGGCGGCCGGCAGCAGCGAGCCCAAGGCACCCUGGCCCAAGGCCACCGACCGGGACCUCGCCCAGGAACCCGGGCCGGGGCUUACUUUCGAGGACUCUGGGAACCCCAGGAGCCCGGACAAGGCCCAGGCUGAGCAGGACGGGGCCGAAGAGUCCGAGAGCAGCAGCAGCGGCGGCAGCAGCGGCAGCAGCGGCUCGGAGACAGAAGGGGAGGAGGAAGGCGACAAGAACGGGGACGGGGGCUGCGGCGCCGGGGGCCGUGGCGCCGGGGGCCGUAACUGCAGCGCUGCCAGCUCCAGGGCGGCCUCACCGGCCUCCUCCUCCUCCUCCUCCUCCUCCUCCUCUUCCUCUUCGUCUUCCUCCUCUUCCUCCUCCUCCUCUUCCUCAUCCUCAUCCUCCUCCUCCUCCUCUUCCUCUUCUUCUUCCUCCACCACAGAUGAGGACUCUUCCUGCAGCUCGGAAGAUGAGGCAGCCCCCGACCCCACGGCUGGCCCUUCUGCGCAGGCGGCGCUCCCCACCAAGGCCACCAAGCAGGCCGGCAAGGUGCGGCCCUCGGCCCACUCCCCAGGCAAGAAGACGCCCGCGCCCCAGCCCCAGGCGCCUCCUCCGCAGCCCACACAGCCUCUGCAGCCCAAGGCUCAGGCCAGGGCCAAAAGCCGACCCAAGAAGAGAGAGGGCGUCCACCUCCCCACCACCAAGGAGCUGGCCAAGUGGCAGCGCCUGCCGUCCGUGGAGAACCGGCCCAAGAUUGCCGCCUUCCUGCCAGCCUGGCAGCUCUGGAAGUGGUUCGGCAAGCCCACCCAGGUGAGCAAGCUCGCGCCCGGGCACGGCCGAGGGGCCGGGGGCCUUGUCUCUCUCUGCUGGGCCCACGGCUUCACGCCGUGUCUCCGCGUGUGGUAA